UUUUUGAUACGGUGCAUUAAGUGGUUCGUAGUUUUGCAUGAGAUACAUAGGAAUAGUUUGACGAAAUCGAUAAUUUGGUGCUUUAUUCGUAAGACAAUUGUAAGACACAUUGAAACCAAAAGUGUUCUUGGAUAAAAUCGUCAAUAGUCAAUCAAUCGAAUAUUUGUGCAUAUUUAACCAGAUCGAUCCGUUGUGAAAUAAGUUUGAAAGCAUCAUGAAUUCCAAUUGGAACGAUAAUCUCGAGCAAGUGUUGCUAACGCACGAAGUGGGCAUCGAAUGUGAGAUCAACAAAACGGUGGCUGCUUUUGAGUUGUUGGACGCACCGAGAAGCCCCACAUUUGUAUCGUGUUUCUUUGACAUUUUGAAUAGUCGAAUGAACGAAUCAUUGCGUAAAAUUCAAAUGGAAUACUUGAUGUCAAUGCCAGCCCACAAUAAUGAUAUUCGCCGUGAUUUGAAAUCGAAUAAUAGCGUUGUCAUCAGCACAUCCAAAUGCAGUACACCACCGCCAACUUCAUUGCGAAAUGACACAACGACUGACGAUGAUAUUGCCGCAAUUAACACAAUUGAAGUUGAUGCAAAUGAAAUAAAGCCGUCAAUUGAAACCGCACAAACCAUGGAAGAGAAUAUUGAGGCGGCUAUCAUGGAAAUUUUGAACGAUGUUGACGAUACGACUAGCCGAGCGCCUGAAAUUCAGACCGAUAAAAGUCAACAAGAAGAAGAUAAAAUAGAAAAGGCGCCGGAUGAAACAGCUUUUGAUGAAGCUGAAAACAGUGAAGCCACAGAAGUUGCAUCCAUACAGAUCGAUGAGCCAAAAUUGGAAACGGGCGGUCAUGAUCAGAUUGACAACAUACAAAACGACCAGGCUCAGUACGAAGAAGUAAAGACCGAAGAAAGUCAAAUCAACGAAGCAACGACCGUCAAUACCACCAAAAAUUCAGAAGAACAAAUCAACGACAUCGAUCUUGAUUCAAUUCCACUGCCAAGUUCAACACCACCACCGCUCUUAAUCAUGUCGCCGAAAUCAUCACCAAUUGCUCCAAUGACGACACCAUCAGAAAUGACGCAAUCCAUACCGCCAGUGAAUACUGAACUCGAUGGUGGCAUCAAAGAUAGUAUGAAUGAUCAAUCAGUAUUGGGUGAGGCGGAUACAAUUAGUAAUGAUUCACUGAAGGAUGAUCAAAGCACCAGCGAUGAUUUAUUGGGCUUUGAUGGUCCCAUUUUAUUGCCAGUUGGCAUGAAAUCAUUAAAAAGGAAGAACGUCGACACAUUGGAACCAAAUGAAGAAAUUGUCAAAAAACGAAAAAUAUCCGUCGACAUUGCGGCCGAUACACAUGUCAUAUCACAUGAAGAAGUCGUUCUCUCAUCAGAUAUAGUGGAUGAGCCAAUGCAAAUCGUAAAAGCGGAAUCAGUGCCAACCGUCGCCCAAGAGCCAAUUGACGGCCAACAAAUGGAGGUAUUUCAAAAUCAGAGGCCACAGCACAUGGAAUGUGCAUACAAUCACAAUACGGUUCCGUAUCACGUCGUUGGCUAUACCAUUCCGAACAUUCCGAAAAAUAUGGAUCCAAAUGUUCACUGUAAAAAUGGUCCGUUCACCUGUGUUCUAUGCGACAAGACAAAUAUAAUGCCGAUGCAUUACAGCAUGAAUCAUGAUAAUGUGGAUGUGUUCGUAUCAAGACCGUCACCAAAGAUGGCACAACGAGUUAUGCGAAAAGCAGAAAUGUCCACACAGAAAGUCGACGGUAGCAUUAAUGCGUUUUGUUUUUUCUGUGAAAAAUCGUUUGUCAUGACGAAUAUUGAAUGGAAAGAUCACAUUCUAUUUCAUACUGGUGAACUCGGAUAUCAUUGCCAAAAUUGUCGCAUACAGUUGCCAAAAAAGAUGGACCAUGGUGACUGUACAGCAGAUUCGGUCGUUGAUAUUUUUGAUGGUGAUUCCAAUGCAUUGAUGCUGUACAUGUGCAAAUGGUGCAACUAUAUGCAGGUACACAAGUCCCGAAUCAUGCGCCAUUUGAAAUACGAACACGAAAAAAUCGAUAUAAAUUUUAAUCGUAACAUUGAACGAGUCUAUGUAAUACCAGAUUUGACUCCGGUAACUCAUACCAUAAAUUCACCGUACAAAUUGUUGAUUGAUUCAAAACGCUACAUUUGCAGCGUCGGGCAAUGUAGUGGCAAAGAAUUCGCCAAUUCAACGGAAUUUAAAAGUCAUUUCAUGCAACAGCACAAUGAUGAAACAAGAUUUGCGUGUCCACAUUGUGAUAUUGUGAUUGAAAAACAGCAUCGAAACUUAAUUUCCGACAUUUUGGGUCAUUAUGGACUUCAUGGUCAUUAUUUGUUUGAGUGUCCAUUAUGUGAAAUAAUCUUUGCAGCGGAAUACGACAUUCUUCAACAUUUUGUUCGCAAUCAUACCAAUGAAAGUAUUAAGUACUUCAACAACUGGGCCCAGAUGCAUGGCGUCGGUGAAAAACGGGAGUACACGAUUUUUUUACAGUGCAAUGUAUGCAAUGCACAUCUUGAAAAUAGUAACAAGGCUAUCGAACACUUUUUAACCGUCCAUAAAUCGUAUUACAUGGAUUGUGAAGCGAUUAAAAUGGUGAAAAGAACAACCAUCGAUAGCACAACCAGUGCCAUUGCCAAAGAUAAGAAAAUCUUUACGUUGCGUCGUUCAUUGAAUUGCAAGCUGUGCGAUCAGUUGUCAAAGACAAAAGGAAUGUUAAUCGAACACUUCAAUCGGGACCAUCCAGGACAUCAGAUCGUCGCAAAAAUGGGCAAAAUCUAUGUGGAAAAUGUGACCUGGGACAAAAACUACAAGGAUUUUUCCAUACAACAUUUACGUUUUGAUAAUCACUUGGUAUUCUACUGUGCUGCCUGCCAUGACGCGGAACAAUCAUCGACCAGCAGAGCAUUUGUUAAUGUUUAUGACGUUCAUGCCCAUUGGAUGUUAACACACACCAAAUCGACCGAUUCAAAGCCGUUUCGAUUUUAUGCCGUUGAAUUUGUUGCAUGCUAUUAUUGCAAGCUGAUCAGUACAUUCGACGAAGUAAAACGACAUCAACAAGCUGCACACACAAACGAACCACUUGUCAUUACAAAUAUAUUAAAUCGACAAAAAUGUGCAUUGUGCGAUUAUUGUGCCGAUAACCUUGCGUAUCAUUUGAAAACGGCACACGAACUAGUAUUGCGAAUGAACGAAUUCAACCUGACUCGAUUCACCGACGAAACCUUGAGCAAAUUGCUGGCCAUCGAAGUUUACAAGAAAUACAAAUGCCACUAUUGUCUGGAAGUUUGCGAAACAAAAGACAAUAUUAAGCAGCAUAUCACCAACGAUCAUAAGCUACCAAUCAAAUUUGAUACAUUCGUUGAUAAUCACAACGUUAAAAUCAUCGCCGGGUGCUGUGAAUCGGUUAUUGAUCUACAAGAAUUUUUAAACCAUAUGGCUGAUCCGAAUCACGUUUUUAAGACGUAUUGCGCAAAGUGCAAUUUUCGCACCGAAAAAUUGGACGAAUUAUUCGAAUUUGUUAAGCAUCAAGUCACCGUACAUAGUGCCUUAAUCGAUCCGGACUUUCUAUUUCGACGCCUUCUUAAAACCAAAUUCUGGCAAACUCAAGUCAUCUUUGGCAACGGUUUGGUGUUGACCAAGCACAAUCUACUCGGAACAGAAUUUGACGACAGCAAACCAUUCGACGAAUUGAUUGAACAUCUACUGAAUGUGGCCAGAGAGAGACACAUGGCCAAAGAUGACAAAAAAAACAACACAUUUUAAUUCACGAUUUUUUUAUUAUAGUUUAAUGUCAUUUUCAUUCCAUACUUUUUUGAGGUAUUUUCUCUUGACAUACCAAUUUUUUUACCAAACAAUUACCGACAAAUUUUUAAAUGAAAAAAUAACAAAUACUCCGCUACAAUCGGAUUCUAAUUUUUUCAUAAAAAAUGAUUUAAUUACAAUCAAAAUUGGCAUAAAAUUGCUGAACAAAAAAAAAACAA